UGACGCUCUGCUCUUAUUCUGAAGGCCUCAGGCCGGAAGUCUUUCUGUUAUUGGCGGAACAGAACAGAGGCUAGCGGUGCUAACAGGAGCUAACCGGAGCUAACAGAGUCGAUAUGACGGAGUAACCGAUGGCUACUGACGGCAGUCUGACGUGGACAGAGAGGCGGCGUCCAGCACGAGAAGACAUUUGUCCUCUGGAGUCUAAAUCUUUGAGGACGGACAGCCAGACGCCUGUCUCAGGUGACACAGAAGUGAACUGUGACAUCACAGUGACACGUGAACACAUCGGCUCAUGUUUAAAUAAAGCUUGGUUGAAUUCACCCGUCAAUGUGUUGACCAGCGAGGCCAGUGAGGAUGAACUGGGACGACUGGACAUCGACCUGGACCGGACGUCCAAACAGCACAACUUGACGUCCAGCAACGUGCGCGUCAUCCUGCAUGAGGUGAUUACCCACGAGCGUGUGGUGGCCAUGAUGAAAGCUGCCAUCAGAGACACUCAGGACCUGCCCAUGUUUGAGCCAAAGAUGACUCGAUCCAGACUGAAACAGGCCGUUCAGCAGGGACAGCCACUGAACUGGAGUCUGUCAGCGCUGAAAUCAGCCACAGUCAAGCCUCCUCAAUUUGUUGACAUUGACCUUGAGGAUGAUGAAGACUCGUCAGAUGAAGAGUACUGUCCUGAUGAGGAAGAGGAGGAGGACGACACAGCCGAAGAGACAUUCCUCAGUGAUGCCGACAGCUUGGCCUCACCUCCCAGAAUGCAUCAGGGCUCUCAACCCAAACUUCCGGCAGACCAGGGGACUGAUGAACCCCUACAGAGAUCUCCAGGACACCUGGGGGAACAGGUGAUGACUUGCGCUCCUCAUCACCUCCUCACUGCUCCUGAGUCGUCCUUCCUGGAGAGACUGAAUGCUGUGGAGGAGGAGCUGGACUGCAGCCCUGCCUACACCUAUAACCAGUCUCUGGACAGAAAAGCCGAUGAUGAAGGUGACAGUCGUCCUGAGGGCUCCAGUGGUUUGGCGUACCGCACACGCUCCAAACUUCGUCUGGUUAACGUUCCUCUGGGUCAGCUGGAGGCGGCGCUUCUGGCCCCUGACAUCACCGCUGACAUGUACGAGCAAACCGCCGCCCAACGGGAGGAGGACCGCCAUUGGACGAAGUGGCUGCAGGGUCUCAUGGCCCCCGACAGUGAAGAGGAAGGCAAUGACGAUGACGACCCAGAGUACAACUUCCUGGAUGACCAAGAUGAACCCGAUCUAGAGGAUUACAGGACGGACCGGGCUGUCCAGAUCACCAAGAAGGAAGUGAAUGAGCUGCUGGAGGAGCUCUUUGAUACACUCCAGGAGGAGGAGGUGGCAGCUGAGGAGCAGGAAGAGGAGCAGGAGGAGGAGGUUCUGUCCCAGACUGGACCCAAAUUCAACAUCCCUCAGGCUUUACGUUUUGAGGCUCCGUUAGCCAGCAUGCUAACUGAGCGAAGGCGAACUGUCAGGAAACAGUACGAAGCUCUGCAGCAGAAGAGAGCCCUGCAGGACACGACCAAUCAUCACCGUGACAACAUGAACCUGAAGGACGCAGCCAGCCCGCAAACCAACACCAUUACUCCCGUCUUAGUGUUGCCGAGCCGGGUCUACCCCGUCCUCCACCUGGAUUACACCCAGAAACUGCAGCUACAGCAGCAGAUACAGCAGCAUGUGCAGCUGCUGACUCAGGUUCACCUGCUGAGUCGCCAUGUGGACGCCCUGAACCACGAAACCUGCAUUACCAAACGCUACCUGGAGGAGCUGCAGCAGUUUGCCGGCCGUCGGGAGGAGGUUUUUCUCCCCAGCAGUUUCAGAGUGGGUAACCUGCAGGGGGCGCUGGAUCUCCUGCAGAAGGUGGAGCAGAGAGCGGAGCCUUCUCCUGCUCCUCCUGCUCCUCCUGCUCCUGCUGCCUCCAGACGCUGGCUCCCCAGGAUGACUCCUGCUACCAACAGCCUCGCCUUCCCUCUGCUCCCCGCCAACACCGCAUGGCUGUUCGCCACACGUCCCGUCUUCCUAUACCCAGAACUACUUCCUGUCUGCAGCCUGGACCCCACCAUCCACACCCGACACCGCAGUGUUUACACUGCAGGAGAGGACGGUUUGAUCGUUCUGGGUCUGAAGCACUUCGAGGGGAUGGUCCAGUCAGAUCAGCUGAUCAGCUCCUACCUGCUCUGUAAGAAUCGAUGGAACUUCAGGAAACACGUUAGAGAGAUGAGCGGGUCGAGAGCGCCGCACAAUAGUGUCAUCAAGAUGUUCCUGACGCAGGGAGUCGUCCCCCCGCUCCCGCUCGCCUGCAGCAGAGUUCAGCCGGGAGACCAGCGCCCCCCAGUGGACAGAAACACUUCCAACAUGCCAAACUGGCUCAAGAACAGUCAGCUGAUCAUCCAGAAGACCCGACUGAACUCCACCUGUUACCCCCCCUCCCUCCCCCCAGGCUGCACCCUUAGGCUCCACCCCUCCUGGCUCAAGAAGUCGUCCCACCCGCCUCCCCCCCGCCACAGACGUCUCUUCACCUUGGCCCACAAUGCAUCUCUGCUGCCACUCGCCAAAGCCCCAGAAGAAACACAGGUAGAGAGACAGGUGGACAUGCAGCCAAUCAGCUACCUGUCCCUUCCUCCUCCAGGUGUCACAUUACUCUCUGACUCCCCCGCUGUUUCAGGAGCUCUGGCUCCGCCACCAGCCUGUGGGGCCGUCCCAUUGGCUGCUGUUUGUACAGUCCCCACCCACCCAGUGUGUGCUGACAUCAUCCAGUCCUGCCUUCCUAUUGGCCAGAGGAUGCAGCAGAGCGUUUCUAGGCAACAAAGCAGCGGCCCUGCCCCCUUCCUCCUCCCCCUUCCCUCCAUGUCCCACCCUGUCACUACAAAUCCCAUAAUGCCUUGCUCAGCUGAUGCUGUGAAGCCAGGGUACUUCCUCCUCCAGAUGGUGUGGACUCCACCGUCUCCGCCCACUGUCUCCUCCCAGCAUGCUCUGGGGCAACAGAUCUACCGACCAAUAAAAGAGGAGUCCACAAGGCCACGCCUUCCACCUGAGGUGGAGAGACGGGUGGAGGAGGAAAGAGAGGUGGAGGAGGAGAGACAGGAGGACAGACAGGAGGACAGACAGGUUGACGAGGAGAGACAGGAGGAGGAUGAGAGACAGGAGGAGGACAGAAAGGUGGACGAGGAGAUACAGGAGGAGGAGGAGAGACAGGUGGAGGAGAGACAGAAGGAGGAGGAGGACAGAAAGGUGGACGAGGAGAGUUCAGCUUCAGCAUCAACACUGAGCCCGCCGUCGUCCUGUGCAGGAGUGGAGGAGGAGGAGGAGCAGGAGGAGAACUGGACUGCUUUGGGUGUGGUCCGUUUGAACGGAGGAGAAAACACUGGUGGAGAGGAGGAGGAGGGGAAGAAUGGAGGAGGUGAAGUAGGAGGUGGAGAGGAGGAAGCAGGUGGGGGAGGAGACGGGGAGCAGGGAGGAGAGGGGGAGGAAGAGGAGGACGAGGAGGAGGAGGAGGGACAGAGGGAGGACGGGGGAGGAGAGAGGGAGGAGGAUGGAGAGAAGGAUAAGGAUGAAGAUCAGGACCGGCAGGGCGACGAGGAGGAGGAGGAGGAUUUUGAUGACCUCACACAGGAUGAAGACGAGGAGGAAGUGAUGUCAUCAGCGUCCGAGGAGUCAGUGCUGUCUGUUCCAGAGUUACAGGAGACCAUGAAGCAGCUGACCUGGCUGGCGGCGGAGCGGCGGCUCUGUACAGACGGCGACUCAGAGGAGGACCACUCUCCGACCUCGCCCGGCUCUCAGGAGGAGGAGGAGGAGGAGGAAGAGGAGGGGCCUAAAGGGGAGGAGUCUGGAGAGGGGAGGAGCAGUAAGGCGGGAAGAGACGAGGAGACGCCAUCAGGAGAGGGGACGCCUAGAGGAGGAGGCAGGUGUCCUGGCAGAGGACGAGGUCGAAGCCGGCCUCUUCGUGGUCUGAGGAGGAGUCGUCAGGAGCGUCACAGUAAAGACGCCGCUAAACUGUUACUGCUGUACGAUGAAAACAUCCUGAACAACGACCCGCACAGAGAGAGCAAAGAUGUGGCGUUUGCCCAGAGUUACCUCAACAGGGUGCGGGAGGCGCUGCAGGACGUACCUGGGCAGGUGGAGGAGUUUGUGUCUCUGCUGAACGAUUUCGAGCAGGUGGGAGAAGGACAGGAAGUGAUGCUGUUGUUCAGGAAGUUGCGCUGCAUCCUGGGAGACCGGACGGACCUUCUCCGAGACUUCGCCGCAUUCCUGCAUCCUGAGCAGGCGCUGCAGUGUGGACUGUUUGAGGAGCAGCAGGCGUUUGAACGCAGUCGCCGCUUCCUGCGACAGUUAGAGAUCAGUUUUGGAGAUAAUCCGUCACAUUAUCAGAAGAUCAUCAAAGCUCUUCAGACCGGUCCAGACCUGAGUCCAACCAGCAUGCACGAGCUGAAGGCUCAGAUGGCCACGCUGCUAAAAGGCCACACCCAUCUACAAGCUGAAUUCUGGGUAUUUUUUGACGAGCUCCGCCCACCUCCGGCCCGCCCGGGACAGUUCGAAGAAGCCCAUUGGCCGGAGGACGGAGGGGGCGGGUUAGACGGCGGAGAGGGUGUCGGCCACGUGUCAGGUGGCGGCGCCAGCAGCGGCUUCGAGGAAGUGACGCUCCCAGAGCUGGAAGAGGAAGAGGAGGGGCAUAAGAUCCAACCAAUGACUGGCCGGCGCCGGAGGAGGAAGAUUGACUACAAGGACUGUGAUUGGUCGGAUAAAGACUGGCCUUGUCUCUGUCGUGAUGCAAAGAUGCGCAGACUCCGGAGGAAAGGAUGCUCUCACUGCCACGGCAACAAGACCUCAGGGGGGGUGUCCAGAGCCAUGAAGAGUCUGGACCCUCUGUACUCUCAGAUAAGCUCCGCCCACGAUGAACCCGGUGACAAAGAUCUGGACCUGAAGGGGGACGAUGACAGUCCAGAGCCAGAUCGAAGUGGUGCAUCAUGGGAAGGAACAUUCCCUCUAAUGGAUGAGAAAGAGGAGGAGGAGCUGGAUGAUGAGGAGGAGGAUGAAGAUGAAGAGGAGAGGAAGAGCAUUGAGAAGGAGCAGAGUCUGGUGGUGAAGAGGAGCAGGAGAGAGGAGGUGAUGGGGGGUUGCAGCCCCUCCUCUAUACUCUCUACCUCUCCCUCUAUUACCUCCUCAAACCCCUCCACCUCCUCCAUGAUCUCAUCUAUCACCUCCUCCAACACUUCCUCUCUUGCCUCCACCACCACCUCCUCCACGAUCUCCACUCCUUCUAUCACUUCCUCCAUCGUCACUUCUACCUCAGUUACCUCCUCUGUCUCCUCCUUUCCCUCUUUCUGCACCUCCUCCAUCACAUCUAUCACCUCCUCCUCUACCUCUCCCACCAUCUCCACCUCCUCCUCUGCUCCUCCUCCUCGGCCCAGUCCUCCUCCUGACCUCCCAGUCUGUGCCAAGAACAUUUCCCUGACAGCGAGCGGAGAGAAAGUCAUCCUCUGGACCAGAGAAGCAGAUCGAGUAAUUUUGACGACGUGUCAGCAGGAAGGAGCCAAUCAGAACACAUUCCAGGCCGUCUCUACUCUGCUCGGCAACAAGACUCCCAGCGAGGUCUCUCGCCGGUUUCGGGAUUUGAUGCGUUUGUUUCGGACGGCGGCUCGUCAGAUCGGCUCUGAGGACGAGGCUCCGCCCAUGGAAGCGGCAGCAGCCAAUGAGAAAGACGAAUGAUAUUAACCAAUCAGAAGAGCCGCAUGUUCAGCAACA